AUGGAGCGUUGGCACAACAAGCUGGCUGUUGUUACCGGUGCUAGUGGCGGCAUUGGAGCUGCCUGUGCCCGUGCCAUGAUUGGCGCUGGAUUGCGUGUCGUCGGGUUGGCUAGACGCGAGGCUAAGUUAAAGGAGCUUAAGGAGAGUCUCCCAAGAGACUUGCAGAAAAACUUUAUACUAAGACAUUGCGAUAUAUCCAAGGAGGAGCAGGUCGAAAGCACAUUUGAUUGGAUCGAACGUGAACUCGAAGGUCCGGAUAUCCUUCUAAACAACGCGGGCAUAACCCGUGAGACGGAGCUUGUGACGCCGGGAAAUACGAAAAAGCUGAAAGAGGUCAUCGACACCAAUGUCAUGGGCGUUAUUUGGUGUACACGGGCUGCCUUUAACAAUAUGUUAAAGCGCGAUGUGGAGGGACAUGUGGUGAUAAUCAACAGCAUUGCGGGCCAGCAAGUGUUGAAUUUCAUCGAUGUAUUGCCAUCGUUUAACAUUUAUCCAGCUACAAAGUUUGCCGUAACAGCUUUGACGGAAACGUAUCGUCAGGAGUUUCAGCUACACAAGAGCAAAGUGCGAGUCACAGGGAUUUGCCCUGGAGCAGUCAAUACGAAUAUAUUUCCCGAGGAAAUACAUUUCUAUGUCAAGGAUAUGGCGAGACUAGAGCCCUCAAAUAUAGCAGAUGCGGUUAUCUAUGCACUUAGCACACCUCAGCAUGUGCAGAUACACGAAUUAACUAUUAAGCCAAUGGGUGAACUUUUUUAAGCUAAACUUGGAAUUUGAUUUAUCAAAAAUAUAAAUACGAAUCAAUAACAUAUAAUUAUCAACUGUAUGCUUCCUUUAUAUGCUAUGUCU